AUGGCUUCAUUGAAUCGACUGUUCGCAAGAAGUCGGACCCAAAUGCCAAGGUUCUCGCACAGUCGCUGUUUUUCAGACGCGGUUUCUCAUCCUUCCAAUAAAGUUCAGGUGUACAUAUCACGCAGUCGAGACCCCUGGCUAAAUCUUUCGAUUGAGCACUUCCUGUUGCAAAAGUCACCUCCUGAGUCUACCUUGUUAUUCCUGUACACCAAUAAGCCUUGCGUAGUCAUCGGAAGGAAUCAGAAUCCUUGGCUUGAGGUCAACCUCGGCUUAGUAAAUCGGCCGUCAUCAUUCAAGGAACUGGAUUUACUGGAACACCGAAACGAGCAAACACCUGCCAAGGACGAUGUUUUGCUCGUGAGGCGGCGUUCGGGUGGCGGCACAGUCUUUCACGACGAGGGAAAUGUCAAUUACAGUGUAAUCUGCCCACCUGCAGCUUUCGACCGCGACAAGCACGCCGAAAUGGUCGUGCGAGCUCUCCGGAGCUUGGGCGUGUCAACGACUCGUGUCAACGAACGACAUGACAUCGUUCUGGACGUUCCUGGUGAAGCUGGCCCGGAAACAUAUAAGAUAUCGGGAUCUGCGUAUAAGCUGACGAGAUUGCGUUCAUUGCAUCAUGGUACAUGUCUGCUUUCCUCGCCGAAUUUGCCUGGCAUUGGACGCUACCUCCGUUCACCAGCAGCGCCAUAUAUUGCUGCACGUGGUGUGGAAAGCGUCCGCUCACAGAUAAAAAAUGUCGGCCUUGACACCCGCGCUUUCGAGGAAGCUGUUGUUGCCGAAUUUGGCGCCAUGUAUGGUGACAUUGAUGCUGAGUUCAUUGAUCAGAACGAUGCGAUCAAGAAUGAGAUCAUUAGAAAGGGCUACAAGGAGAUAAUUGACGAUGAAUGGACGUACCAACAAACACCUCAGUUCACAUUUUCGACUUAUCCAAACCCCAAAGACGAGCGUCCAAAACCGGAAUUGCCAGGUCAUCUUCAUAAACAGUUCAAAGUUCUCAUUGAAGCACGGCAUGGCGAGGUUCUGAGCAGUGAUAUUACCGAAAGCUCCCCUAAUGUUUUGAACGGCAAGGCUCUUCAUGAGAUCCGCGACUGGCGCCAGUAUGUUGGUGGACGCGGCGGACAGUGGCUGAAUGGGAUGUUUGGGGUGCGCUCAGGUGUCGAAUAA